AGUACAAUGGGAUCUUCAAAAUCCGAAACUCUACCGCCGCCGCCACCACCUCCACCGGUGGUGCCGCCGAAUGUUGAACCACAGAAGGUGGCUCCGGCAAAGCCGGGCCGAAUUCCGAUGGCGAGGCGCGGAUACGGUACAAGAGGGCAGAGCAUACAGCUGCUCACAAACCACUACAAAGUCUCUGUUUCGAAGACUGAAGGAUAUUUCUUCCAUUACAGCGUUGCUAUCAAAUACGAAGAUGGAAGCCCCGCCAAUGAGAAAGGCGUAGGCCGGAGAAUUAUCGACAAAGUUUACGACACAUACAAAGCUGAGCUUGCUGGAAAACAAUUUGCCUACAACGGCGAGAAGAGCUUGUUCACCACCGGUGGUUUGCCGCAGAACAACUUCGAAUUUACGAUUAUUUUGGAGGAUGUUUCGUCGAAUAGGGCUUCCGGAAGUAUCGAAGAUGAUUCGGGUGGUAGGAAAAGACUACGGAAGCAUAUUCGUUCGAAGACGUAUAAAGUGGCGAUAAACUAUGCUGCGAAGGUUCCGAUGCAGGCAAUCGCCGAUGCGCUUAGGGGGAGGGAUUCCGAUCAUUAUCAAGAAGCUGUGAGGGUGUUGGACGUCAUGUUGCGACAGAAUGCAGCGAAGAAAGGUUGUCUUCUUGUUCGCCAAUCGUUCUUCCACAAUGAUCCGAAGAGCUUUGUAAUGAUAGGCGACGGCGUUGUUGGAUGUCGAGGAUUUCAUUCGAGCUUCCGGGCUACUCAGGGAGGCCUCUCGUUGAAUAUGGAUGUUUCGACUACGAUGAUCGUGAAGCCAGGCCCAGUUAUCGAUUUCCUUAUCGAAAACCAGAAGAUCGAUCAUCCGUCGAGGAUCGAUUGGAUCGAUUGGAUCAAGGCGAAAAGGAUGCUGAAGAAUCUUCGAGUCAAGGCUAGUAAUACGAACCUCGAGUAUAAGAUCAGCGGGUUGAGCGAUCGAAUCUGCAGGCAGCAAACGUUUACAUUGAAACAGAGAAGAGAAGGAGAUAGCGAACCGCACGAAGUCGAGAUUACCGUCUACGACUACUACCUUCAUCAUCGAAACAUCCAGUUGAAGUACUCGGGAGAUCUCCCGUGCCUUAACGUUGGCAGGCCAAAGCGCCCGACAUACAUUCCAAUCGAGCUCUGCUCGCUCGUUUCGUUGCAACGCUACACGAAAGCUUUGUCCAGCUCUCAACGAGCGUCGCUUGUGGAAAAUUCUCGACAAAAGCCUCAAGAACGAAUGAACGCAUUGAAGCAUGCUCUGGCUAGCAGCAACUACGGCGACGAUCCUCUUCUCCAAUCUUCCGGAGUAUCGAUCAGCGGAGACUUCACUCGAAUUCAAGGCCGUGUUUUGCCACCACCUAAGUUGAGAGUCGGCAACGGGCAGGAGUUCGUUCCCGGUAAUGGGAAAUGGAAUUUCAACAACCGGACAUUAGUCGAUCCCGCAAAGGUGGCGUGUUGGAUAAUCGUGAACUUCUCCGCUCGUUGCGAUUUGCAACGACUGUCACGCGACUUGAUGGGUUGCGGCGAGAGGAAAGGCAUGACUUUCACUCCUCCUUUCAAAAUCUUCGAAGAGGAGCCGCAUGCCCGGAGGAUGCCGCCAUCGAUGAGGGUCGCGGAGAUGUUGAAACGUCUCCAGAAGGAUCUUAUAGGGCCAGCUCAGUUAAACCUCUGUGUCCUGUCCGAGAGGAAGAACUCGGACAUCUAUGGUCCAUGGAAGAGAAAAGCUUUCGCGGAAUGGGGCAUGACGACGCAAUGUAUUGCGCCGUUGCAACACAUCAAUGAUCAGUAUUUGACGAACUUAAUCUUGAAGAUCAAUGCCAAGCUCGGAGGCCUCAACUCGAUGCUGACGAUCGAGCGUUCUCUUACAAUGCCGUUGGUUUCGAAGGCGCCUACGAUUAUCGUUGGAAUGGAUGUCUCUCAUGGCUCCCCCGGACAGUUUGAUGCACCAUCUAUUGCAGCGGUUGUUGCCUCGAGGGAUUGGCCUUUGAUAUCGCGAUACCGAGCAGAAGUUCGAACUCAGUCGUCGAAGCUGGAAAUGAUCGACUCUCUGUUCAAGCCGGUGACCGACAAGUUGGAUGAUGGAACCUUCGUGGAUCUGUUGCGCGAUUUCUACAAAAGUUCGAAUCAACAAAAACCCGAACAAAUAAUCAUCUUUCGGGACGGCGUAAGCGAAACGCAGUUCAAUCAGGUUCUAAACAUCGAGCUGGAGCAGAUCAUGAAGGCGUGCAAGUUCUUGGACGAAACCUGGGAUCCCAAGUUCAUGGUCGUUGUGGCGCAGAAGAACCAUCACACAAAACUUUUCCAAGCUAACUCGCCGCAUAAUGUCCCACCAGGUACCGUGGUCGACACUGGCAUUUGCCAUCCGAGGUUGAACGACUUCUACAUGUGCGCGCACGCUGGCAUGAUUGGAACGUCGCGACCAACACACUACCAUGUUUUGUACGAUGAGCUCGGGUUCUCCUCCGAUGACUUGCAAGAACUCGUCCACUCUUUAUCCUAUGUAUACCAGAGAAGCACUACGGCUGUCUCACUAGUUGCUCCGAUUUGCUACGCGCAUCUGGCGGCGGGGCAGAUGGCGCAGUUGGUGAAAGCCGACGAUGUCUCCGAGAGAUCGUCGAGCGGAGGAGCGGCGGCGGCGCCGGUGGUGCCGGAGAUGCCUAAGAUUCAUGAUUGGGUGAGGAAUUCAAUGUUUUUUUGUUAG